CCAGAAGAACUAAACUGCCAGUGCUGAUAGACCUGAGAGCAGGAUCGCCUGAGACAUGGAGCGAGAACCGAUGCGCAUAAGGGAGGGCUACUUGGUUAAGAAGGGCAGCAUGUUUAAUACCUGGAAGCCCAUGUGGGUCGUGCUUUUAGAAGAUGGAAUUGAAUACUACAAGCGGAAGGCUGACAACACCCCUAAAGGGAUGGUCCCACUAAAAGGAAGUUCUGUCAAUAGCCCAUGCCAAGAUUUUGGCAAAAGAAUGUUUGUCUUCAAGCUCACUGUAGCCAAGCAGCAGGACCACUUUUUUCAAGCUGCCUACUUGGAGGAGAGAGAUGCCUGGGUACGGGAUAUCAAAAAAGCAAUUAAUUGCAUAGAUGGAGGCCAAAGGUUUGCCAGAAAAUCCACAAGAAAAUCUAUCAGACUGCCUGAAACAAUCAACCUGAGCGCUUUAUACCUCUCAAUGAAAGAUCCUGAAAAGGGAAUAAAGGAGCUGAAGCUGGAGAAAGAUAAAAAAGUGUUCAAUUACUGCUUUACGGGCACUUCUGUGAUUGACUGGCUGGUGUCUAGCAACUCCAUCCGAAAUCGCAAGGAAGGUCUCAUGCUUGCCUCCUCCCUCUUGAGUGAAGGCUACCUACAGCCUGCAGGGGAUACGUCCAAGGCUGCUGCCGAGGGACUGUCAGACACCCCCUUCUUAGAUCUCAGUGAUGCCCUCUAUUACUUCCCAGACAGUGGGUUUUUCUGCGAGGGAAAUUCUAGUGAUGAUGAUGUGGUCCUGAAAGAAGAAUUCAGAGGCAUAGUAGUGAAGCAAGGAUGUUUGCUGAAACAGGGACAUCGGAGGAAGAACUGGAAAGUGAGAAAGUUUGUUUUAAGGGAUGAUCCUGCUUAUCUUCACUACUACGAUCCUGCUGGAGGAGAAGACCCGCUAGGAGCAAUUCACUUGAGAGGCUGUGUUGUGACAGCAGUGGAAGAUAUGCCAGAUUCCAAGAAGUAUGAUGUGGACAACAUCCUGUUUGAAAUCAUCACAGCAAAUGAAAUCCACUAUUACUUGCAAGCAGCCUCACCCACAGAGCGUACAGAGUGGAUCAAAGCAAUUCAGACAGUUGCUAGGACUGGAAAAUGAAGAUGAUCUGCCAGCAAGAAGACAGACAACUGAAAUUAAUUACUCAAAACAAAACAGGAAUUUUAGCUUUUCACUGAGAAGAAGAAAUAUUGUCUAGAAAGGCAUCCUAAGGCUUGU